UGUUUGUUUUUUGCUUUGUUUUGACCUGCACACUUGGUAGAGAACCAUUCUGAAAGAGUCCUGCUCAGCGAGAUCUAGAAAAUCUACCAUUGGGAAAACAAACACCCCAGAAUGGAGAUCUAUACCUGCCUUUUUGUUUUUUGUUGCUUUGCAGUCAUGCUUUGCAUGGACAGAUUAUAUGCCUCCAAGAAUAAUAUUCUGCUGAAAGACCAUUCGACGGAAAACAGAGCCAAAAGGACGCUAUCCGGGGGAAGUUACUGUAGGCUACGAGGCUGCUGUCCAGGUAGAGAUGAUGGCUGCACCUUUCUGUACUAUGCCAGGAAUGCCACAUGCUACUGUGAUGCUUUCUGUUCCUCAGGCCCUCCUGGCUCUGUAGACUGCUGCCCUGAUUUCUGGACUGUUUGCCGGGGCCACCCUAUUACAGCUUCAUCAGUGCUAGCGGGAUGCUUCAAAGGUGGCCGGUACUAUGAAGAAGGAGCAACAAUUCAAGACAACUGCAAUUCCUGCAAAUGCAUGAGCAGCAAGUGGAACUGCCUAGAAGAAACGUGCCUCGUGCAGCCCAACUUAAUUAAGCAAAUCAACGAUGGUAACUAUGGCUGGAAAGCUAAGAACUACAGCCAGUUCUGGGGAAUGAGUCUGAAAGAAGGUUUCUAUUAUCGUCUUGGCACAUUUCCCCCAUCUGCUGCCCUGCUGGACACAAGACAAGUCAUGGAAAACCUGAUCACAGAAACAGAUUUCCCCGAAUUUUUUGUGGCCUCGUAUGAAUGGCCUGGGUGGAUUCAUGACCCACUGGAUCAGAGAAACUGUGCAGCAUCCUGGGCCUUUUCAACUGCAAGUGUUGCGGCAGACAGAAUAGCAAUUGGGUCCAAAGGCCGUUUCACAGACAACCUUUCCCCUCAAAAUUUGAUCUCUUGUGACACCAGAAACCAGCUUGGAUGCAGAGGAGGAAGCAUAAAUGGGGCUUGGUCUUACCUCAAAAAAUAUGGGCUGGUGUCUCAUGCUUGCUACCCAUUAUUCUGGAAUCAAUCUGACCCGGCUGCUUGUGGGGUUUCAAGUGUGACUGAUGCUGCUGGGAAAAGGCAGGCUACGCGACCAUGUCCAAAUGCCUUAGAACCAUCCAACCGCAUUUAUCAGUGCGGUUCUCCCUACAGAAUCUCCUCACAGGAGACGGACAUAAUGAAAGAAAUUAAGGAGAACGGGCCAGUGCAAGCUGUCAUGCACGUGUAUCGUGAUUUCUUCCUUUACAAGAGCGGGAUCUAUAAGCACAUUCGGGGGACAGGUGGGCAGCUGCAACAUGAGAAUCACAGGAGAACCCAUUCUGUCAAGAUUGUUGGGUGGGGUGCACUGCCAGAUGCAAAUGGACAAAAGCAGAAAUUCUGGAUUGCUGCAAAUUCCUGGGGGAGCUCCUGGGGAGAAAAUGGCUAUUUCAGGAUUUUACGUGGAGAAAACGAAUGUGAUAUUGAAAAGCUGAUUAUAGCUACGAAGUGUCACCUUUAGCUGAUUUUCAUUUAUAUCAUUAUUACACUCCAAAAGCCUUUUAUAUACCCAGAAUGUACCAUCUAUAAUGUCUUUGUGCAUCCUUAUGUUUUAUUUGUGUGACUGUUUUACCUAACUUAAACGUACUGCAUUUCUGUGUGAAUUAAAACAUGGCUGUACAUCCA